AUGAGUACAGAUGAUCAAUACCCUAGUGAUGACGAUUAUGAAGGUGAUAGCGAUUAUGAAGUGGAAGAGAUGAAGCAAUUCUUCGGCAAUAUUCAAGAAACAUAUGAAGAUAAUGGUGGUUUUCAAGAAGAGGAUGAUGAAGAAGAUGAUGAAGAGGAGGAAGAAGAGGAGGAAGAGGAGGAGGAGGAGGAAUAUGAUGGAAUAGAUGUACAACUGCAACAACAAGAAGGUGAUGACGAUGAUCAACAAGAAGAGAGUAACAAAAAAAGAAAGAAAACAUCAAAGACCCCCAAGACCAUUCCUUAUAAUACUCAUGGCAUUAAAUAUGGAGAAGAAUUGAAAACACGCGAAUGCGAUCAUGUCCCAAUGCGACUAGCGCCUCUUUGCGAUUGUUUCAUUGAUAAAGAAAGAAAUCCUCCUCCUGGACAUAGAUUCAGCUUAGAAGAAGUGGCUGCUAUUGAAAUAAGGGGUCCUUCCUAUAUCGUCGAAUAUAUGGUCGAUAAAUUUCUUAACGAUCUUGUUUUUCAAACCAAUAAGUAUAUUGAAGAUAUCAGAGAGAAAUUCGUGGAGAAAGAAAGAAAACCUUGGUUUUUAAAAGGACAACCCAUUAAUAUAGUUCAAAUGAAGGCAUACUUUGGCCUAUUCCUUCAUAUGGGUAUAGUAAGAUCAUCUAACGUUCAAGAUAGAUGGAAACAAACAACUGAUAGGCUCUCCACCUCAAUGCCAGUCUAUAAAAGUAUUAUGCCAUUCCAACUCUUUAAAAGAAUACAUAGGUGUGUUCAUUUUGAAGGCUACAGCAUGGAAGAUGGUGUCCCUACCAACUAUGACCAUUUGGUAGAUUAUUUCAAUGGAAAAAUUAAAGAAAAAUAUAUUAUGUCGAACUGUCAAUCAUUUGACGAUGAUUUGUAUGGAUGGUCUGGUCGUGGUGGUCAAAAAAAGAGAAUUCCUGUUGGUGGAUCAGGACAAUAUAUUUAUCACUUCGAGUCUGAAUACCACUGUAAAGGUCAGUUGAAAGAAGGUCAACAACUAAACCAGCGUAUUUUGGAUAAAACUAUCAGUGGUAUAAAAAAUCUCACAGUUGAUAAAGGAGAAGUGAUUGUAAUCGAUGCAGGCAUAUUGGGAUCUGUUAGAAAUGCCAUCAAAUUUAGAAAGAAUUGUAUGGAUGUUUUUAAUCCAAUCAUCCUUGGUGACUUAAUUAAAAUCAUUAAAGACUCUGAAUCCUCUUCCUCCAACACUGAUGAAGCUAUUCAAUCCCUACUUCGAAAAAGAAAUGGAAAGAAAUCUGAUAUAUGUUAUUUUAAAGAUGGCGAAUAUAUAAAAUAUGGAUCAUGUGAAGCUUUUACAGCCAUUGCUUGGAAGGCCAAAGCUAAAAAGGUGGUCUAUUUUCUCACAAAUAUUCCUUAUCCUUUAGUGCCAUUCAAAAAGAAUGUAAAAGAAAAAAAAAUUAUAAAUGGCGUAAAAUCGUGUAUCACUGUUGAAAGAGAUGUCCCACGUGUAGCUGAAUGUUACAACUAUUGUCAUAACUUUGUGGAUGCUACUAAAAUGUGGCCUUGCUGUUUUGUUGUUGCCUCGCGACAUGGUGCCGUGUCAAAUCCAGACCUUGUUUAUUUUACAAAUUUAUUUAUUUAUAUUUCGAAAAUGAUUAAAAAGAUAAUUGUUAUUUGUAUUUUAGCUAGUUUAUCGAUCGCUGGCUCUCGUGCUCAACAAUGUGAAGGAAUCGGUUAUUAUUAUUCAUGCGCUGAAGAAAGUCAACUCUGUUACCAAAAUGCUAGCAUCCGAUGUGGAUACGGAUACGCAUGUCUUCCAAACCCAUUCACCAACAAUCUAUUCGCCUCCUUGACAGCCGAAUUAGAUGGUGGAUCUUCAUUUGAACCAGUCCCUGUCACUGUAACUAUCAACGACCAUGUGCAUUGUUUCGAUCAACUUAUUUGCAUUAAAUUAGGUGCUGUUGGAGACUCAUGUAUCUAUGAUAGCCAAUGUAUGGAUGGUCUUGAUUGUUAUAACUCUUUCAACAAUGGAACCUGUCAAUACCCCAGAUUUGCUCAAUUGGGUGAAGAUUGCAGAAACGAUAAAGAAUGUUACUUUUAUUUAAAGUGUGACCCAUUCGAAAAGCAAUGUGUUGCUGAUCUUACAGAUGGUCCAAGAGCAUCAUUGGGACAAUUAUGUGAGGACACUGAAGAUGGAUUCUCCUAUAUGUAUUGUCAAGAAGACCUUGUUUGUAAUAGAGACAGUGAAGGUAAUCAUACUUGUGUCACUCCAUUCUCUAUCGCCGCUGGAAAGGGUUGUGAUAGUGGUGCCGAAAACCUAGCUGGAAACAAUGGUUACUAUAUCUCACCAUGUGAAGCUGGAGCUCAUUGUUAUAUGGAUGUAUGUACCAAGCCCAACAUCACUGCAGCAUCAGUCAACUGUUCCACUGAUAGCCACGUAUGCUCAUUUGUUGAAUAUUGUGCAUGCAACAAUGGAACUCUAAUGGAAGGUGCCACUGGACAAUGUACCUCAUAUUAUAUCAGCAACACCGAGACUAUCAACAAGUGUGUUGAAUACACCAACGAGCUUUUGAGCUGUCUCAAGGACAAUAAGUGCUCAGGCUAUACUCUCGAUCCAGAAGUCGAAGGUACCUACUUUGUUGCAAACUCUUGUGGUUACAGACACUGUCGCAGUGAAAUUUGCAACAUCCAAGCUGAAUGUACUGCUCAACCUCCAAGCCCACCUCCAACCUGUGGUGAUACAAAUUUGGACGAACUGCACUUUUGUGCCGACUAUAGUUCUGCCAGCACUCUUUUCGCAAGAGUUUCUUGCUCCAUCCUCUUUGCCAUCAUCAUUGCUCUCCUUUUCUAA